CGCGCGGGUCUUUGCCCGUCCGUGCUUAAAAAAAUAUAAACGUCAAAAGUGAAACGUCACGUGUUUGUUCUGUCAAAAUUUGGAGGGAAAUCCGUUGGGUUUUUUUGUUAGAGUGUGAAAACGGUCUAAAACUAAAGUGAAAAAGACUAUGAACUAUUCUAUUGUAUAACUAGCAGUAAAUUCAGUGCAUAAAAGUGAAUUUUAGAAUAGAUUUCAAGAUGGAGGUGGCUCAAACUCCUUUGCAGUUGACGCAAGACCAUACGGACGGAAGAAUGACUGGUGAAGGCAACGCAUCACCGUUACGAUGGUCCCCUCCAUCAUCAGCUGCCCUGGUGGCUGCUGCAUUGGCUCCACCAGCGCUACGACCCUGGCUGCCGGACCCGCCCAGCAAGAAGACCAACCAUUUGGGUCUGAUCUGCGUGGUCUGCGGUGACACGAGCUCCGGCAAGCACUACGGCAUCCUCGCUUGUAACGGCUGCAGCGGAUUCUUCAAGCGAUCUGUCAGGAGGAAACUUAUUUACAGAUGUCAAGCAGGCACGGGGCGCUGCGUCGUGGACAAAGCUCACAGAAACCAGUGCCAAGCCUGCAGAUUGAAGAAAUGUCUAGCGAUGGGAAUGAAUAAAGAUGCGGUACAGAACGAGCGUCAGCCCCGCAACACAGCCACCAUCAGACCCGAAGCAUUGCGAGACAUGGACCAGGAGAGAGCUUUGAGAGAAGCCGCCGUGGCCGUCGGAGUGUUUGGACCACCAGUAUCCCUGGCGAUGGCACUAUCGCCAGCUCGCUAUCCACUGCUGUCUCCCCACUACGCUCCACUGCCGCCGCCCCAACCGACGCAGCAACCUCAACCGGACUCCUCACACGACCACAAUGAGGAGGGAAACGUGCAUACUGAUAGUGAUGAUGACAGUAUCGACGUGACUAACGAAGAAGAUUCCACCUCAUACUCUCCACCGGCCGCCAUCAACUACCAACAAAACUGCGCUUCUUACAGGCCUUUAGGAGUAGAGAGUGCAGCAGAGUCGGCGGCUCGACUGCUCUUCAUGGCUGUGAAAUGGGCGAAGAACCUUCCUUCCUUCGCCAGCCUCGCUUUUAGAGAUCAGGUGAUUCUCUUAGAAGAAGCGUGGUCGGAGUUGUUCCUACUGAAUGCCAUACAAUGGUGUUUGCCACUCGACGCUGCGUGCGCUGCGCUCUUUGGAAGUGAUCAACUUGACCAAGAGAACGGAGUGGACUCGGCCACGUUGCGCCGUCUGAGGGAAGUGCUGGCUAGGUACAGGACGGUGCUCGUCGAUCCCGCCGAGUUCGCUUGCAUGAAGGCUAUCGUUCUAUUCAAAUCUGAAACCAGAGGCCUAAAAGACCCGCUGCAAAUAGAAAAUCUCCAAGACCAAGCCCAGGUGAUGCUGAUGACGCAUGCUCGUACGGCUCAUGGAACAGCUCCGGCCAGGUUCGGAAGACUCCUUCUCUUACUCCCUCUCUUACGUCUAGUCACACCACAGCAGUUAGAAAGAGAAUUCUUCGCGAAGACCAUUGGACAAACCCCUAUGGAAAAGGUCUUGGCUGAUAUGUACAAAAAUUAAUACUAAGAUUUUAAGGUUAGUUUAGGAUGUAAUAGUGU